AUGUCCGUUUUUAUUUCAGGAGCAACUGGUUACAUCGCCCGUCACACCGUCGGUCAGUUACUAGAUCAAAACUAUAAGGUGAUCGGAACUUGCAGGUCUCAAACAAAGUGUGACCAAUUGCAACAGCGGUUUGGCAACAACCCUAAUUUGACUAUGGAAAUUGUGGAAGAUAUCUCUAAAUUGGACGCAUUCGACGGAGCGAUCCAAAAACAUGCUCAUGAAAUUAAACAUGUUUUGCACAUGGCCUCUCCUGUGUUUUUCACCAGUGAUGACUUUGCCAAAGAUAUUUUGGUGCCUGCAGUUAAUGGUACAGAAGGGAUUUUGACCUCAAUUAAGAAGUACGCUGCGGAAUCUGUGGAAAGUGUUGUGGUUACUUUUAGUUAUGCUGCUCUCACGAGCCCGGAAAACGAAAAGGGCGUUGUUCUAAACGAAGAUUCAUGGAACCCUGAUUCUUGGGAACAUUGCCAGAGAAACGGUAUGGCGGCGUAUUGUGGAUCCAAGAAGUUUGCAGAAGAAGCAGCUUGGAAGUUCCUGGCAGAAAACAAAGACGUGGUCAAAUUUAAACUUGCUACUGUCAAUCCAGUAUACGUCUUUGGCCCUCAGAAAUUCGAUGCUGACGUGAGCCAGAAGUUGAACUCCUCUUGUGAGAUAGUGAACCAGAUAAUUCACUCAACACCUAAUACGGACUUGACCCCGUUAACCUUAAGUGGCUACUGCGUGGAUGUUCGUGAUGUUGCGAAAACGCACGUUCUCGCUAUUCAAAACGAAGAAUUACUUGGUCAUAGACUCAUUAUGAGUGAGGGUAGGUUUGAUACUCAAGCCAUAAUGGAUAUUUUAAAUGAGAGCUUCCCCGUCCUUAAGGGAAAAAUUGCCGUUGGCAACCCAGGAACCAGCUCAACUAAGAAUCAUCCUGGUACAAAGUUGGAUGACUCCAGGAGUAGAAAACUUUUGAAGUUUAAAUACCACUCUUUCGAAGAAACGAUGGUUGAUAUGGCAUCUCAGAUUUUGAAGCAUGAUGAAUUGAUUCAAAAAAGCAAAGUUAGUGUACCUUGA